AUGAAAACCAGCCCCCGUCGGCCAUUGAUUCUCAAAAGACGGAAGCUGCCCCUUCCUGUUCAGAAUGCCCCAGGUGACACAUCAGAAGAGGAGCCUAAGAGGCCCCCUGCCCAACAAGAGCCUGCUCAACCGCAGGCCUCCAAGGAGGUGGCCGAGUCCAACCCCUGCAAGUUUCCAGCCGGGAUCAAGAUGAUUAACCACCCGACCAUGCCCAACACGCAAGUGGUGGCCGUGCCCAAGAAUGCCAAUGUCCAGAGCAUCAUCACAGCGCUGACUGCCAAAGGAAAGGAGAGUGGCAGCAGUGGGCCCAAUAAAUUCAUCCUCAUUAGCUGCGGCGGAGCCCCCACUCGCCCUCCAGGACCCCAGCCUCAAGGCCAAGCCAGCAAUGACCCCAAGAGGACAGAAGUGAUCACCGAGGCCCUGGGACCAAAGUCUGCAUCCAAGGACGUGAAUCUUCCUAGACCAGCUGGAGCCCUUCCCGGGCAGAGAUGGGAGAACUGUGCUGGUGGCGAGGCAGCCGGCUGCACGCUAGACAACAGCUUGACAAACAUCCAGUGGCUUGGAAAGAUGACCUCCGAUGGGCUGGGCUCCUGCAGCAUCAAGCAAGAGGCGGAGGAGAAGGAGAAUCGUCACCUGGAGCGGAGUCAGGCUAAGGUUGAGGGGCCCCUGGGAGCAUCGGCAACCUGGCCGGACUCCGUGUCUGAGCGGCCACCCUACUCUUACAUGGCCAUGAUACAGUUUGCCAUCAACAGUACGGAGAGGAAGCGCAUGACCCUGAAAGACAUCUACACUUGGAUCGAGGACCACUUCCCCUACUUCAAGCACAUCGCCAAGCCAGGCUGGAAGAAUUCCAUCCGCCACAACCUCUCCCUCCACGACAUGUUUGUCCGCGAGACGUCAGCCAACGGCAAGGUCUCCUUCUGGACCAUCCACCCCAGUGCCAAUCGCUACUUGACGCUGGACCAGGUGUUUAAGCCACUGGACCCAGGGUCUCCACAAUCGCCCGAGCACUUGGAAUCACAGCAGAAACGACCCAACCCUGAGCUCCGCCGGAACGUGGCCAUCAAAACCGAACUCCCCCUGGGCGCACGGCGGAAGAUGAAACCUCUGCUGCCGCGGGUCAGCUCGUACCUGGUGCCCAUCCAGUUCCCAGUGAACCAGUCCCUGGUGCUGCAGCCCUCGGUCAAGGUGCCGUUGCCCCUGGCAGCCUCACUCAUGAGCUCAGAGCUCGCCCGCCACAGCAAGCGAGUCCGCAUCGCCCCCAAGGUGCUGCUCGCGGACGAGGGCGUCGCCCCUCUGCCCACGGCAGGACCAGUGAAAGAGGAGAAGCUCCUCCUUGGAGAAGGGCUGUCUCCUCUGCUUCCAGUCCAGUCCAUCAAGGAGGAAGAAGUGCAGCCUGGGGAGGAAACGCCACACUUAGGGAGACCCAUCAAAGUCGAGAGCCCGCCCCUGGAAGAGUGGCCCUCGCCCUGCCCAUCUGUCAAGGAGGAAUCGUCCCCCUCCUGGGAGGAUUCGUCCCACUCCCCCAUCCCCAGGCCCAAGAAGUCCUACAGCGGGCCCAAGUCCCCAGCCCGCUGCGUCUCUGACCUGCUCGUCAUCAAACGCAGGGAGAGGAGGGAGAUGAGCCGGUCUCGAAGGAAACAGCACCUCCUGCCCCCCUGUCUGGACGAGCCGGAGCUGCUCUUCUCCGAGGGCCCCGGGACUUCCCGUCGAGCCACAGCAGGGUCCUCGCAGCCUGCCUCCCAGCUUGGCUCCUCCCAGGAGGAGGGCGGGCCUUUCAAGACACCCAUCAAGGAGAUGCUGCCCAUCUCCUCCACCCCGAGCAAAUCUGCCCUCCCCGUGACCCCCGAAUCCUGGAGGCUCACACCCCCGGCCAAAGUUGGGGGGCUCGAUUUCAGCCCCGUACGAACCCCCCAGGGUGCCUUUGGGCCCCUGCCGGACUCGCUGGAGCUGGCGGAUCUCAGCGCCACCCCGCUGAAAAGCGUCCCCCUCUUUGACUCCCCCCGAGAGCUCCUCAAUUCCGAGCCCUUUGACAUCACUGCUGACCCCUUCAGCGGCUGUCCCUCCUCAGAUAUGGAGGUCCCCAAGCCAGGCUCCUCCGAGCCGCAGGUUGCCGGCCUCUCGGCCAACCGUUCUCUAACAGAAGGCUUGGUCCUGGACACAAUGAAUGACAGCCUCAGCAAGAUACUGCUGGACAUCAGCUUCCCCGGCCUGGAGGAGGACCUGCUGGGCUCCGACGACGUCGGCUGGGCUCAGUUCAUCCCCGAGCUGCGGUAG